AGUAAGUGAGAAAGAGAGAGUGAGUGAGAGGAGCUGCAACUACUACGACGACGACGACUACGGUGACUGAGGGCGGCAGCGGAGCGGCGAAAACGAGAGAGCAAUUAUUAAUAAAAUUAUGUGUACGUCGAUUAGUCGAACGCUAAUCUGUUGUAUGGGUCAAACGUGCCGUAUUUGUGUUCGUUUUACGACGACGAUUUAACGAUAAUUGAAAUUGAAAAAAAUUUCGACGAGAUUUCCGUUUACCAAAAUAUUUUGUGACCGGUGGAAAUUUUUGUUUUUUUGAGAAAUAUCGAGUUGUAAAAUUUUUCCAAGUUCGCGAAAUUUUUUUCCAUAGUGAAGUGACAUAGUGUGGUGCUUGGAUCGUGAAAAUUUUUUGAAAAUACUGAAAAAUUGAGCACGAUUGUGGCUGUAGUAGAUGUGGAGAUGUGCAGGUGUUUUCUCGAUCGACGAGUGUAAUGAAUCAAUUGUUGUUGGGGAAAUUUGACAAGGUUAUCGCUCAAAAACGAAUUUGAUCGAUGCACGUGAUAGAAAAAUAAACUGACGAAAAUGAUCUCAUUAUUCUAACGAAUCCUCGAACGACCGAAGUGAAGACGGAAAGUCCAAAAACCGCGACGACGAAAUGACAACUGAUGACGAGAAGUGAACAGAGGCUAGAAAAUUGAAUAUGUGAACCUUUGAUCGUGUAUAGAAGCAGAAGCAGUAGCAGAAGAAGAAGAAAAUAUUAUUAUACAGAAUAGACAGCGUGUUUUUUCGCCAUCGCUUCGCCGCCUCCUUCGAAGUGCACAGCAACUUAAUCGGUGACAUAAUUGCCAAUACAAAUGGGCGGUAUAGGUCCGACCGGGGCUAUCGGCGGUUCGGAACAACAGUACGCGUUAAAAUGGAACGAUUUUCACGCCAGUAUUUUAAACUCGUUUCGCCAUUUAAGAGACGAAGAAGAUUUCAUUGAUGUUACCAUUGCCUGCGACGGAUUCUCGUUCACGGCCCAUAAAGUCGUACUGUCGGCGUGUAGCCCUUAUUUUCGUUCAUUGCUCAAGGCGAAUCCGUGCCAACAUCCUAUUGUUAUAUUACGAGAUGUACGGAAACAAGAUAUGGAAGCGUUACUUAGGUUUAUGUAUAAUGGCGAAGUGCACAUAGGUCAAGAACAACUACCAGAUUUUUUGAAGACUGCGCAAACUUUGCAGGUUCGCGGUUUAGCGGAUGUAUCCACCAAAGAUCAACAUAAAUUGACUAGCAAUACCAGCACGUCAAUACCGUGGUCAUCGAAUUUAACCGACGACGAUAGCCAAUCGUUACAUAAUUCAACAACAAAAUUAAAUAGUGUAGAUAAUCCGCCGCCGUCCAAAAAACUUCGUACUUCGGAACACCAGCAUAGUGACUCGAGGUACUCGGAAUCGCCUCCGCUAAAUCGAGACAGUAGUAAUGAUAAUCUAGAUCAUAAACCACCGAUCGCCGAUACCCUUCUGACGCAGACGCUUCACGAAGGCACGACGCCGCUGAAUAACUCUAACGCGUUGAAAACCGUAUCCGAACCAUCGUCGCAGAUUCAUUCGUCAAACGAAGAUAGUAAUAAUUCGUACGACGACGAAGCGAGCGACGCUGAAGGCACGGAGAAUGGCCAAAACAGCGUGACAGAUUUAGCGCAACCAAAACUAGAACCACCGGAUUUCGCGUUAGGUGAUCGAUCGCGAAACGAUUCGCUAAUGAGUCCGGCGCUAUUCGAUCCGCAAAGGGGGCGAAACAGUUACGGUAGCGGUCUUUUCAACAUACAAGGAAUUGCUGGCUUAAUUCCGGGUCCUUCGGGGAUGCAUAAUAAUAGUCAAGAUAGUUACGGCGGUGGCGGCAGUGGCGGUAUUGGCGGCGGCGGCGUCGGUGGUGGAAGCUGUUACGCUGGCAUGGCGGAGCCGAAACCCAUAUGCAAAGAGUGCGGUCGCGUCUAUAGCAGCAUCAGUAACCUGAAGCAGCACGUGGCUAACGUGCACGCGACGUCGCCGAUCUGGGAGCCGUGUCCGAUCUGCGGCAAGCACUUCAAAACCAAGCAGUACCUGUUCAACCAUUUGCUGCAGACGCACGGCAUACGUCAGCGCGGCAACCGAAUGCAAAUGAUGCCGUUCGCGGCAUCUGCGGCAGCGGCUCCGCAGCAUCAUGCCGCCUCCUCCUCGUCGUCGUCUCAGCAGUUACCUAGUCAUACGUCCGGUCUGGGGAUGGCGGCGGGGCCGCAUUCGUUACACAUGAGCGUGACGCUAUCGUCGCAGAAUUCGUCUCGAGCCGGAGCCGGUGCCGCAAUCGGCGGCGGUGGUAUCGCGGCGUUUGGUCAUCAAAUGGCCCCGGUAAUAGGACCGCAUUCGCCGAUGGAUUCGUCGAAUACCGAUAGAGAGGUGCCCCACCAAGCCACAGCGUCCAUUUCGCAUAAAGAUAAGGAUAUGAGCAGCGCCAUGGAGCAAUGUUUGCAGUAUUUGUCGUCGGCUACCAAAUGAUACUAGAUCAGUAUGUAGAUACCCUAAAACGAUGAGGAAAUCGGUACAGUACGGCGACGGUGGCCUAUCUAGCAAGCGCAUGCGCGAACUAAAUUUUUGUCUUUUGUAAUAACUUAACUUUGUUGCGUGUCCUUUUUAAAUUUUUUUUUUUUUACCAUUCCAAAGAUAUCGAAACGAGUUUACCCCGUCAUCGUACGUUAUAAAUUUAUCGGAUUGUUAACCUUUUUAUUUAUUUUAAUUUUUUCUACCGUCAAGAUGACGACGCUGUUCUAGUCUUUUGAAUUUUUUAUUCUUCUCUUCUUCUUCGAUCGUAUAUUAAAUUGGCAUUGUAAAUAUACGGCGUAUUGUUAGAAUUUUUUUCUAUAUACCUACACCUGCCUACGUACGUUCGUUUUUUUUUUUUAUCAUGUAAAUACAGCAACGCAGGUCGAUGGACGAGGUGUGAAAUUUUUUUACAAGUCGAGGGUAAAGAAAGCCAGAAGCGAAUGUAACCGAGUCUUGUCGCGAUGAAUCGUCUCUUUGUCUCUCUGGACAUACUCCAAAUGGCUGGCUGCUUCUCGUAAUCGUAUGUGUGCUGGAAAAAACAAAUAGUGCAGUAAGAGCUAAAUUUAAUUCGUGUCGUGUGCCCACCCCCGCUCGACGUAUUUUUUCUCUCUUUUUCUGCGGACGAAAUACUGCGUAUGGUCGCGAUGAUACAUUAGAGUUAUUUCAAUGAAUUAGAUGGUGAAAUUGUCGAGCAGAUUGGAUUCGAUUUAUGUAGGUGUUGUAAGAAGUGGUCUGAGGAGUUGGGUGUGUAAGGUGUGAGGAUAGAUCCUGGUUGAUGAAAAGAACCCAAGAAUAGGUCAAAAUUAUGAAGAAUUUGAGUUUGGAAAUGCGAUUGUGUGACUCGAAGGUUUACAAUGCCAGACGAUUGUUUGAAAUUAUUCUGAAUGGAUGGAUUUUUAAAAUGGUAUAGGAAACGAAUAUUUUUGAUCCUGUUUAGCCCCUUCUGUGACUAAUAGCUUCUGUUUUGAGCUUGAGCGAUUUUGAUGGAUUAGCAUCAGGUUCUAGAUUGAAUUUUGAUCAAGUAAUUUUUUCAGUCUUGAACAGUCUUCUCCAGAAAGUCAUUCAGAAGUCGUACUCUGGCUCACAUGUGAUCUAAAAUCAUUUACGAGUAUAAUGUAUUUUGUGGUUCUAUUCGAAUUCCUUUGUCUCAAACUUUAUUACAAGUCACAAUCAUAAAAUCAGCCCCCCCCCCCCCAGAAAGCCAUAAUGUGGCUCAAAAUUAAUACAAUUUACUUGAAGAAUCAUUUUUGCCUCAAAAUUAUGAAAAAGUCGUAGUUCUGUUCAAUUUUUGCUCAAAGUCCAUUUUGUAAAGUAACCAUCAUUGUAUUGGUUGCCCUCAAAAUUGGUACAAGUCACGAACUCACAGUUCAUAAUUUUAAUCAAAAUUGACCAAAUUCACUUUUAAAUUCAUUUUUAGCUCAAUAUUACUCAAAAAUCAUCAAGUCACACUCCUGCUCAAAUGUUGCUCAAAAUAAUUCAUAAAUGCUUAGUAUUGUGGUUUAUUGAGGUUUGUUUGGUUCAAACAUAUGGUGCAAGUUACAAUCAUCACCUCAGACUUUUGCAUGACGUAAUAGUUUUGCUCAAAAUUGACCAAGAUUACUCAGAAAGGUCAUUUUUUGGCUCAGAGUUAUUGAUAAGUGAUGAAUAAGUCACAUUGCCUUAAUUUCGUUCAAAAUUAUUUGGAUGUUAAUUGUUAAGCUCAAACUUCGUUACCAGUCACAACUUGCCUUUUCUGUGAAGUCAUAUUUUUUCCUCAAAAUUGACCAAAUUUUCUUAAAAACGUCCUUCUUGCUCAAAAUUUAGUUGAAAAUUGUGAAAAAAUCAUACUUUGGGCCUUUGGCUCAUUUUGUAGCCUGAAUUCCCAACUAAAGUAGAAAUGAUAGGAUUGAAAAUCUCCUUUCCUAGGCUUCUGAUUGUAUUAAAAAUCAUAUUUGCGCUUGAAAUAAGAUGAAGUUCGCUUUAGAAAAGCAUUUUAGGCUUAACCUUACUUUGAAAAUUACAAAAAAGUCGUAGAUUAGGAUUUUACCCACAGCUGUCAUUGAGUGGAAAAAAAAGUAAUGUUAUGAAUAAUAUUCAGGUACCUAUCUUUAUGUCUGAGAACAGUUCUAGAAUAGGCUUUACUUGCUGUGAGAUGUGGUCAGACCAAUUCUCAUUCAAAGUUAUACAUAUUUCUUCUUGAAGUUAGGUCAAGUUUAUUCUUGAAGUUAUUUAUUCUGGUUAAAAUUGGUGGUAUACUUGAAUGUCUUUUUUGAGCUCAGUCUUGUUUCGAAUGUUCUAGAAUAGGUCUUCUUUGUUGUAAGUUGUGCUCAUGAGCUCUAAUUUGUAUGCAAAGUCUUAUUUCGGUUUAAAAUUAGUUGAAGUUUACCUACUCUAAAAGUCAUAUUUUGGUGCAAAGUUCUGUUCAGAAGUGUUUUUUAAGUCCCAAAUUUUUGCCCCAAAGUUGCGUUAAAGUCUUUUUUGGCUCAAGUCCAAUGUCAGAUCGUUGAAGAAGUCCUAUUUUGAAUAUUCUAGAUUGGACUUUACUUUGCAGUACGGUCUGAAAGUCAUUGGGUAUUUUGGUCUAAAAUCGUAUAAAAAAAGUCUUGUGAACUUGAAUCCAAUUAUGGAUAAUUUAAAAAGCCCUUUUUCGAAUGUUCUAGAAUGUACUUCGUUUUCUGGAAGUUACAUGUGAUCAUGAGUACCAAUUCUUAUGCAUAGUCACAUUUCAGCUUAAAAUUGAUUUAAGUUGAUUAAGUCAUAUUUUGCCCCAAAAUUUGUUGUAAGUCUUUUUGAAGCUCAAAUCCAACUGUAAACCGUAAAAAAUUCCUGAUCAAAUAUUCUAGAAUGGACUUUAAUUUGUGAUCAUGAGCACCAAAUCUUAUGCAAAGUCAUGCUUCAGUUUAAAUUCAGCUGAAAUUGGUUCUAAAACAUUAUUUUGGUCUAAAGUCAUGUGAAAAUCUUUUUUGAACUCAAAUGCAGUCUUCGAUUGUAAAAUAAAAUCCCCUGUCAAAUGUUCUAGAAUUAGACAUCACUUUCUGGAAGUCGUGAAUUGUGAUUCAGAUGGUUAUUUUUUGUUCAAAGUCAUGUACAUAGAAAUCUUUCUGGAACUGAGAUCCAAUCAAAUAUCGUGAAAAAAGUCCUUUUUGGAAUGUUCUAGAAUAGACUGCCGCGCUGGAAGUUGAGAUCAUGAGCAUUAAUUUCACAUACAAAGUCAUAUUUUGGUGCAAAACCACGUUAAAAUCUUUCUGGAGCUCAAAUGCCAUCACAUAUUGUAAAAAGAAUCUUGUUUGGAAUGUUCUAGAAUACAUAGACUUUAAUUGCUGGAAGUUGUGAUCAUGAGCAUAAUUUCUCCUACAAAGUCAUAUUUCGGUGCAAAGCCGGGUAAAAAUCUUUCUUGAGCUCAAAUCAAAUCACAUACUUAUUGUGAAAAACGUCCUGUUUGGAAUUUUCUAGAAUAGACUGCAGUUGAGCUGGAAGUUGAGGUCAUGACAUCAUUUCUCAUGUAAAGUCAUAUUUUGGUGAAAAGCCGUGUAACAAUCUUUCUCGAGCUCAAAUUGUAACAAAAAGUUCUAUUUAGAAUGUUCUAGAAUGGACUUUAAUUGCUGGAAGUUGUGAUCAUGAGCAUCAUUUCACAUAUAAAGUCAUAUUUUGGUGCACAGUCACGUAAAAAUCUUUCUUGAACUAAAUUCAAUCACAUAUUGUGAAAAAAGUCCUAUUUAGAAUGUUCUAGAAUGGACUUUAAUUGCUGGAAGGUUGUGGUCAUGAGCACCAUUUCUCAUAUAAAAUCAUAUUUUGGUGCAAAGCCGUGUAAGAACAAUCUUUCUUGAGCUCAAAUUGUAACAAAAAGUUCUAUUUAGAAUGUUCUAGAAUGGACUUUACUUGCUAAAAGUUGUGGUGCAUCAAACUCCCAAUAUUUUUUACUCCUGUGCCAGUCAGCUUUUCUUCUAGAGGUAUUCGUAGAGAUGUAUAUGAAGUUGAAACCAUUUCACAGUCACUUUUAAACCAAGAAUAUCAGGUUUUAACUUUUGCCACAGGCGUAACGAUCUUGUAACAAACAUAGGUGUCUGAUGGGUUGCCUAUCGAUGACCUUGGAAGUGAUUAUUAUAUGUUGAGAACACACCGUAUAUUGUGCAUUUUCACUAGUACCGUUGAGUGGAUCUUGGUGAGAAAUGUUUCUAUGAUUUUUAUGGAAAUGGAGAUGAAGGGAGUGAAGGGUGAAAAUUUCCCCCAAUCAAAUAUUAUUCGAUGACGUGUGCGGUGGAGAGGGUGGUUACGACUUUUACUAAUUUUGAACGUUGGCUUGGGCUUGUGCAGAUGGCGUUUACGACGGUGUCAGUAUCAGUGUCGUUGGUGGAGGUGGUGGUGGUUCUGGUGGUUGUGGAGGUGGUGGAGUAGGAGGAGGAGGAAUAGGAGCUAACGCCAAUGG